AAUACACUGUUAUUAUUAUAGUGGUAUACACACAGAAGUCGGUCAUAUUAGGCGUGAGAAUAUUCAAAGAUAUUAUUAGUUAGUUAGGCCUUUGCAUUACCCCUUUCCUUCUCUUUCUUACACUAUUUUUCACGUUUCAACUUUCCACCCCAAUCACCUAUCCCACACGCGUACGUACCUACACACGUGUUUUCAUUACUUUAUUAUUUUUUUACAGUCAUAAGUCAUUAAAAAAGAAGUCUAGUGGGCCCCAUCUUAGACUAAACCAAUCAUUCUUCAGUCAAAACGACGUCACAUCAGCCUUCCCUCUCCAUAAAAACCCCUCAAAACCAUACCACACUUUAUCGUUUCCUCCUUCCACAUCUUCAUAAUCUCUUUCUCUCUCUUUCUCUAAUUGUAGAGAAGAACAUAAAAAUGGUUAAAGGAGAAGAACUGCACAUAACCGUACCCAACCUUUUCAGGUGUCCCAUAUCGAUGGACGUGAUGAGGUCUCCCGUAAGUCUCUGCACCGGCGUCACAUACGAUCGAACAAGUAUUCAGCACUGGCUCGACGCAGGUCACGACACCUGUCCAGCUACCAUGCAAACCCUCCCUUCCAAGGAUUUCAUCCCCAACCUCACUCUCCGCCGUUUGAUUAACCUUUGGGCUCAAACCAACGGUCCUCCUUCGCCCUCCUCUUCUCCUACCUACUCUCGUUCCGUCUCCGAACAACAGGUACGGACUCUGGUUCAUCAUUUGGAGAAUCAAAACGAAAGUGCGAAAGUGUUUGUCGUUGAUUGCUUGUCUACCAUUGUUGAUUUCGCGAGCUUUGGGGACGAGAAUAGAAGAAUCCUGGCGAAUUUUGAGAAUUUUGUUUCGGCUAUUGUCGGAGUUUUGUGUAGGGGAACUGCGGAAAUGGAAGUUAUGGAGUUGGCUGUUAGGGUGUUGGAUUCGAUUUCUAUGGAUAAUUCAGUGAGGAAACAAGUUCACGCAUCUGUUUCGAAGCGAUUCCAGAGUUUUCUAACCACUAUUCGGUCGUUCUUGAAAAACGGAAGUACGAGAUCGAAAAUCGAAUCGGUCAAACUUUUGAAAACGAUCGCUCUCGACGCCGAAUCCAAACGCGCAAUCGCCGAAAACAGUAACCUCCUCAACGAACUACUCCAAAUCGUCCGUACCGAUUCAGAUUUCGCCCUACACGACGCCGUUUACUCAUGCCUGAUCGAAGUUUCAGUAACUCGUUCAACCAAAGCAGAGCUCGUCGGAUCAGGACUUGUGGAUCUCCUAACGAAGACGCUCUCGAACAGAAAUUCGCCCAAACCGGCCAACGAAAAGGCUCUGAAGCUUCUCUCAAUCGUUUCAACGACAGCGGAGGGAAGAUCAGCAAUCGGAGUAGACUGUAGGUGUGCGGUGGCAAUCGUGGAGAGAAUGAUGAAGGUGUCGAGGUCGGCGACGGAGGACGCGGUGGCGGUGGUUUGGAGCGUGUGCUGCUUAUUGGGGGAGAAUAAGACGAAGGAGGCGGUGGUGAACAGCAAUGGAAUUGCGAAGAUUCUGAUGGUGAUGCAGAGCGGGUACUGUGAGGGUCACAGAGUGAGGAGUAUGUGUUUGGAUUUGCUUAGGGUUUUGAGAAUUGGAUCUUCAUCUUCAUUAUCAUCAUCUCCUUCUCCUUCUUCUUCUAUUGAUGGUUUUGGAUUUGGGAUUGGGAGUUAUUUUAGCAAUACAACUCAUAUAAUGCGUUGUUAGAUUUUUUUUUUUCUUUCUUUGGGUUGUGAAUUAUGGAGGGAAGAAGGAAAGGUUUAAUUUUGUAAUUGUUUUUUUGGAUAUAAAAUAGUUAUAAAGAUAUGAUCAAAAUUGGUAUCAAAUCAAUGGUGAAAUUUCAUUUUGGUAAAUAAAAACGAAAAUUAGGGUGAUA